AUGAACGUGGACAAAAUGCAAUGGUUAGAACACAAUGAAACAUUUAUUGUCUGUCGUGAGCGGACGAACCACGUUCACUUAAUCGCGUCUGUUCUUGCUCUCGUCGGAAGUGAUGUGGCCGCGUCAGCUCAAGCUGUCGGCAGAGCAUGUCGAGUCUUCGUCGUCGGUCGCCGACAUCGAGAUCCACCCAGCUACAUCAUACUACGGAAACUACUGUACAUGGGAGCAGGAGAUCAUCUUCGCUGA